GGCAUAGCGGCGCCACAAGAAGUCAGCGGCGGCGCGCAGUCGUCUCGGCGCACAUCUCUAGUUGUGAAUUCUGUCUGAACAAAGGCUGCUCCUUGAACUUUGUCGUUGCUUGCACUGUGCUUCAGUUCAAGUUGGUCACCACCGGUCGUGCCUUGUGUGGCAAAUUGAGCGUCUCGCUGGUGCGGCCACGUCCGACAACCAUCAGUUUGCAGCAUGGACAAAACGCCUUAUGUUCUCUUGGAGCGAAUCAACGCCUAUUCACAGCGGGCGUUCGAGCAUGGGCUCCAGCAGAUUCCCAUCGCCAAAAGGAGGCCAAUAGUCCUCGUCGAAAAGCUGCCUGUCGCUGUUGCAAAUGGACUGCGACCAAGUGGGGAUAACCCAAGUGGAGAGCCAGCAAGAAAAAUUCCCAAAAGAAAGCUGUCACCAGGUCCUUCAAGGCGACCCUGCCCCGACACACCGAGCAAACGUGUCUGUUCCAGCACUAAAGGCUCUCGGAAAUACCCACAGAUGAGGUUGUGGACAGGGCCUAAGGGAUCGGCCAAGAAAAAACAGAAAAAGGGAUCGGCCAAGAAAAACCUGGCUGUGCUCCUCGGUGUCCGGAGCAGGGGAGUUCCAGUCGUUAAACUUGAGCGUCUCCAGACUGACAGUGUACAAGCAUUGUGACAUGCCCUUUCAAGACAAUGUGACAGCAGAUUCCCAAUCACCUGGCAACGAGAAAGUAAAUUCUGAAGACUCUGAUACUGAGUGUGAUCUUCCCAAGUUCUCAAAAGCAAGUCGCAGAAGGAAGACUGGCCACAGCCCCCGCAAGAUGUCUGCCGUUGGGUACACGGAGAGAGAAUCCUCGGACAACUGGUCCGUGUCUUUAUUACGAGUGCACAUGAAACAAGAUCCUAAGGCGCAUUUCUGCCAACUUACUUUGGUGGCUGUUCCCUUGACUGCUGUUUGAAGGAUACACUACGCAGAAUGGGCAAACCUAAGGAUGAAGCCUUCUUGGGACUCCCUGGCUUCACAUUAUGUAUGUUGCUGCCAUGGUGGUAACUGGUGGGUAAUGACGCCUAUCAGCUAUUGCAAGUGCAGUUGCUCAAUCUCUUUCCCCAUAGGUAUUUCCCCAUAGCCCUUUCCCCAUAGGUAUUUCAUUGUGACCAACGUACACCCAGAAUAGUAAAGUACGCUCAGUGUUAUGAUUAACUGUAGGAUGAAGCGCUGUACACAAAGUAGUUACAGAGGUAAAUCUGAAGGACAUGCUAACAUUGUUGAUCAAGGAACUCAUUAGUUUAUCUACCGGCAUGUCAUAAUUCGUUGCAGUGAGAGUCACCUGGUAGUUGCUUCUCAAAAUAAAAGGUUCAAUGCAGGACAAGAUGUUUUGUAGUUUUCGGAAAAAAAUAAAUAUUUAGGAUUGUGCAA